ACUUAUGUCCUUAUCAAUUUUAAAGAUCAUAACGUCUCAACUAUUAUUUCUAACCUACUUUCUACAGAAAAUCCUUUUAAUUAACGAGAUGAAAAUGUAGUAAAAUGUAAUAAUGUCUAUGCAAUACACAACUCGCACACAUGUCUUUUUCAGUAGAUUUAUAUGAACGCAACUUGCAUGCAUGCAUGCAUGCCUUCUCUGCAACUAGCAUGAGUAUAUUGUUUUUUUUUUUUGGCACCAACUCAAGUAACGAAUGUGAUUGGUUUACUUGGUUAUACGUUUUCUUGUCAAGGAUCGCUUUUGGAAAUCAAUAAUUCGGUGAAGAGUCGUUUUCCCGUGUGCUAACAUGAGAUAUCGAUUUAUACAAACAACUGUAGAGUAGACCAACAUGCUAUUAAAAAACAUGGGUUAAACAUAUAUUAUAAAACAAAUACGCUAGCGGCUUGACUCGGAUAUGGAUAAGUUACAAAGUUAUGUGGACAAGAAUUAAUUUUAUCAUCUUUGUUUUUUUGGCAAAUUAUGUCGUCUCCUAACUAUUCGAAAACUUAUCCACUUGAUAAUGUAUUCAAAUAAGUCAGGGAGAACUUCUAUUUUGUAAAAACUUACCUGCAUUGAUAAAGACAGAAACUCAAUUCUCAAAGGGCAAAUGGCCUUACAACAAAAGAAAAAGAGGCCAAGUGUCUCUUCUAACAAAACAUAUAAAAAACAAGAGAUGCUACAUACCCACUAGAUCGAACCAGAUUCUUAGCAUACCCAACACUCAAUAAAAAGUGCGACAAUAUUAUUAUACAUAGUUAUGAUACGAUUGAGUAGCUGCAGAGAAUCGUUCUUUUCUUCACCUCGCAACCUCCUAAUUUCGUCCAGUUCAAGCCAAUGUUUCAUCAAGAUCUCAAUCUUGAUUCAAGCAUUCUAUAAAGUGACAUACAUGAGUGAUGGGUGUAUUUAAUACAUCCACUUGCUACAUCUCCCACAAUUAACUCGUAGUUUCACAUACCAACUUGGUUGCUUAUAGAUAUCGAGAUGGCGUUGAAUUGGGGACCAGUGUUAAUGUCGGUGAUUCUGUUCAUCGUAUUGACUCCCGGAGUAUUGUUUCAGCUUCCGGGGAAGACCAAAGUGGUUGAGUUUGGCGGUUUUCAGACAAGUGGCGCAGCCAUUGUCAUACACACUCUCAUCUUCUUUGCAUGUAUCACAGUCUCCCUUAUCGCUCUUCAUAUCCACAUAUACGCUGCCUAAUUAAUUCAACUUUGCACCGAUCGCUAUGUGCAUCAUUAAUUAUACUUCCACUAAUUUUGUUAUUGUUUUUGAUCAACUGCGCUUCCUGAUUCCCAUUAAAGUACUUGUACUGGAAUUACAAUAAAAUUAUAUGAUUUCAUUUACCUU